CUUGAAGGACCCCAAGCUAUCCAGUGUUGUUAUGAACCCUCACACCAAGAACGUGGUUAAACAAAAAGCUGUGAAUGAUGCCUUAGCGAAAGAGAAGAUGUCCCCUAUUAUUGUCAACCUGAUGAAUUUGCUUGCUGAAAACGGUCGCUUGCGUUGCACACCGGACAUUGUUUCAGCGUUUGGGAAGAUCAUGAGCGCGUACCGAGGAGAAGUGGUGUGCGCGGUCACCACGGCGCAGCCCUUGGAUGAUGCCAGCCUUACUGAGCUAAAAAGUGCUCUGAGUGGAUUCUUGGCUAAGGGAGAGGUCUUGAAGCUGGAGACCAAGACUGAUCCAUCAAUCCUCGGUGGCAUGAUUGUCAAUAUUGGGGAGAAGUACGUGGACAUGUCAACAAGGUCUAAGAUCCAGAAACUCACCAAAAUCAUGAGAGAGACUGUGUAGCAAGCUGUCCUAGUCACUCACAGUGGAACCUAUCACAUGGCAACAAUAAAAUUAUUUCUUCUC